CCCAAGAACAACUGAAACACACAUCAGCCGAGCUCAGGAACCUGGAGAAAGAGCUUGAGAAAAGCAAACUUAAAGUGCUUGAGCUUCAGAAUUCAAAUAAACCAUCUCAAGAGCAUGACAACCCCACCAUGGCCUGUCAGGGCUCAAUCAGGGGUCCUGUUUUUGUUGAGUUUGACCAGGACAGCAAAUAUGUUGGUGUCAAAAACCUCUCCGAUAAGGACCAACCAAUGGGAUGCUGGGAGUUACAAAUACAAGUUGAUGAUAAACAACCCAUCAUAUACAAAUUCCUGCCGUCCUUCACACUCAAGGCUGGAGAGACUAUCAAUAUCUCGCCUUCAGAUAAUGGUGCCGAUCACAAUCUCCCCACAAACUUGGUAUUGUGGAAAUCCUGGGACCCUGCAAACAAACUAGUGGCCACCCUCCUCUGCAGCUCUGGAGAGGAAAUGGCUAAGACCAAAGUGAAUAAGACCAUAGAAGCAGACUGUGAUCACCCAGCGGACUUAAUCACACAUGAAAAUCAUUAUACACCAGGAACAGCACAGCUUGCAUCUCCCUGAAGAAACUAAUAUUGUUUUACUACUACUGCAUAUUUGACACCACUCUAUAGUGAUCAAAGUUCAAAUAUGGAACUAUUAAAUUAAACCCAAAAUCAAAAUUUGGGCUAAUGCAACUGAAGAAAUGUUUUGUAUAUAUGUAUGUAUGUGUAGAUGGAUGUAUGGAUGGAUUGAUGGAUAGAUAGAUUAGAAGCUGAAUAACUAAUAUUUGAAUUUUACCCUGUAACGCUCCAAGAGUCCAGACGCUCAAUAUUUUAUCAAGAAAGUUCAAUUAUUUUCAAACAUGUUUUU